UCUUAAUGUAUAAAUCGAUGUUAUUGGAGGAGAACUUAAAAAUUUUUCUGGUCUGUCAAAUUUGUUCUCAAAACUUUACAUGGAGACGUAAUAAGGUGGCAUAAGGCAGCUCACACUAACUCCAAUGUGGUUGAGCUUCUUGGCUUGGCACUCUAUUGAAGAGCACAUUCACCAGUGAAAAGGACAAACAUUCAAAAAGGUGUGGAAUAUCAAAGCUUCCUGAUCUACCAACCCACCAACACCAAUGGUAUCUAUGUUGCGAUUCUACAAAGUACAGUUAAGGAACAUCUUGCGAUGCCAGAACACUUGUCUGCUGCUAGGGUGGUGUGUUGUUGUGAUAUUGGGGCUGGUAAUAGGACCAUUUAUAAUUGGAAACAGCGAGACAAAACUCGAAGAAAGGACCCUUUUUGAAACUGGACGUGGAGUUGAACCGGCAGAUCAGACAGACUUGUGCGCAAAUGGAAAAUGUUCGGGUGAUAUGUUGGACAAUGAAACUGUGUUGAAAAUGUUAAAUGCUGCAAGGCAGCCAUUAGAGACACGCUUGGGUUAUCCAACUCAACCGAUCCAAACAAAUAACUUGCCUGCAGGACCGGUUAAAGCAAUCCCAGCUGAACCGGUGAAGUUGCAGCUCCCAAAAGAUAAUUAUGAGCAUCUUAUUGAACCCAUGAAGAGAGUAUUUUGUUCAACUUUGUACCAAAACUCGGGAAUUCGGACUAACGAAGCUGCAGUACCGGAUCGUCCAAACGGCGAGAAACUUGUCCUAGUGUGGAACUUUAAAUGUUGGCACAAUAUGAACGACCUAGACGUACCAGUGACAUUCACACAGUGCCCCGUUAAAAACUGCAUAGUGACGGAAGACAAACGGCUGUCAGGUGCCAGUGACGCCAUCAUUUUCAAUUCUGCCGCCAUCAUCCGUUUCCUUAGCAACAACAAAAAGUCUGCCCAAUACCUUCAAAGCACCCUGCCAAGUCUGACGCAGAGACCCCCGGGACAGAGAUGGGUUUUUCACAAUCGUGAGUCCCCAUGCCAAACGUAUUUCCCCUCCACAGAAUACGGCAAACAAUUCCUGGGGUCUUUCAACUGGACCAUGACGUACCGCGUGGACUCAGAUAUUUACAACCCUUACGGUUUGAUUAUCAAAGCGACGGAGGAUGCCGCCAGGCGGGAUUACAUUGCCAUAGCAAAAUCGAAACCGAAACAAGUGGCUUGGGUCGUAAGUCACUGCAACACGGCAAGCAAACGUGAACACUACGUUACAGAGUUAUCCAAAUAUAUCAGCGUUGACAUCUACGGCGCAUGCGGCGAGCCUUGUCCGCCAAAAGAUUCUCCUAGUAGGUCAUGCUUCGAAUUUAUCAAUGCCACAUAUAAAUUUUAUUUGGCCUUUGAGAACAGUUUUUCUACCGAUUACGUCACCGAAAAAUUUUACCAGAAUGCAGGGUAUGACUUAGUGAUUAUUAACAGAGGUGCAGCAAAUUACACCCGUCUUGGUAUCAAACCCGAGUGGCACAUUAACACUGCGGAUUUCCCCUCUCCAAAGGCUUUAGCUGAUUAUCUGUUGAUGUUGGACAGCGAUGUGGAAAAAUACGCAUCCUACCUGAGUUGGAAAGCUUACCAAACGUCUGUCGUUACACUACAACCGAUCAACUGGUGCGACAUGUGCCGGAAACUGAACGAUCCGACCGAACCAGUGAGGUCGUAUUCCUUUACGGAAAUUGCCGAGUGGUUCUACGGUUCUUCAGAAAAGAUUGUAGACUGCAAAGAUGCCAGCAUGAAUGAUUUCAUGAGCACAUAAUGUCUCAUCUCACAUAUUUUUAAGUUACGUCAAAUAUAUAAGAUACCCAUUUUCUUUUAAAUACUCUGUAGGAAUACUGAAGAAGGACAAAACACCAAUCACCAAUCUUUUCUCCUUUUUUGGAAGGUAGGGAAGACAGAAUUUAUUUUUGAACAAGUCCCACCCCCUUAGAUAUGCCACUGAUCUUUGAACAGGAUUGUUUGCGAUUUGCGGAUCAUAUAAAACUGAGGGUUUGAUGGCAUAUUUUGAACUGCCAUAAGAACUAUCUCCUAGACAUGAAGUUUAUUUUCUGAGACAUGCCGUUUUGGCGAGGAAAGGAAUUGUGGAAAGCCAAGCCUCUGUUUAUUUAUUUAUUUAUUUAUUAGUAAUAUCUAAGCUUAUAGACAUAUAAUUUAAUAAAUAACAAAAAUGC